CAGUAGAAGUUUUGUACUGAAUGAUGUUUGGUAACAACAUGUAGCUAGUGUCAGUGGGUCUUGCGUGGUUUGGAGUCGAUGUGUUCAUGUAUUCAGUUUCACAGUUUGCAAGAUUAAACGGAACUCAGAUUCAUUCACCCACACUUAUAGGAGGCAUAGUGUUUUCCUCCCGUUAUUCACCUUGACACCAGCAGCAGCUGUUUCAAAAAAUCAACAUUGUUGAGGAAUGGGAUUUGAGGUAAACAGAUUUCAGGGUGAAGUCGAUGAGGAAUUAGUUUGCCCAAUAUGCUCAGGUGUUCUUGAGGAUCCUCUGCAGGCCCCCAUAUGUGAGCAUGCAUUUUGUCGUGAAUGUAUUCAGGAAUGGAUAUCAAGACAACCAACAUGCCCAGUUGACCGACAGAAUAUCACUUCAGCACAGCUGAGGCCUGUGCCACGUAUUUUAAGAAACUUGCUCUCCAGGUUAUAUAUAACAUGUGAUAAUGCAAGCUAUGGCUGCACAUCAGUAAUGAAACUGGACUCUUUAUCAUCACAUUUGGAAGAAUGUGAACAUAAUCCAAAACGACCAGUAACAUGUGAACAAGGCUGUGGCCUGGUAAUUCCUAAGGAUGAAUUAAAGGAGCACAACUGUGUGAGAGAACUGCGUGCAUUGAUCCACUCACAGCAGCAAAAAAUGACUGAUUUCCAGCAAGAGAUGGCUGAGCAACGUUUCCAGAUAAAUGAACAAAAGCGUGAACUGCAGUUACUAAAGGAUUUUAUGCGAGCAAUGCGUAUAUCCAAUCCAGCAAUGAGAGCUAUAGCAGACCAAAUGGAAAGAGAUGAAGUGUUGAGGUGGUCCAAUUCCUUGACAAGAGCAAGAGUAACUAGAUGGGGUGGAAUGAUUUCAACCCCUGAUGAUGUUUUGCAGGCAAUGAUAAAACGAACGUUGUCAGAGUCAGGCUGUCCACCCCAUAUUGUGGAUGAUUUAAUGGAAAAUGCACAUGAACGGCGCUGGCCACCUGGACUGUGUUCUCUGGAAACUAGGCAAAAUAAUCGUCGCCAAUAUGAACAGUACGUGUGUAAGAGGGUGCCAGGAAAGCAAGCUGUAGUAGUUUUGCUGUGUGACAAUACCCAUAUGAGUGAUGACAUGAUGGUUGACCCUGGACUUGUUAUGAUUUUUGCUCAUGGAAUUGAGUGAAAAAACAUGAAAAUCCAUGUGAUUUAACUAAACCUCAAAGUGUUUUAAAUGCUUGGUUAAUUCAGCAUUGUGUUGUACACUGACUACCAGAAUUAAGGAAAUUCUGUUCUUACAACUUAACAUUUUCUACCAUUUUUGUACCUUUCCUUUUCCUUUCUGUAUAGUAUUUCCCUGUCUAGUCUUCCUGUCCUUUCUUGUCCUGACAAAGUCGGUGCUAUCUCAGUAAUCAUAAAAACAUUGUAAUGGAAUUGUUUCAUUUCUGUAACAUUACUGUACAUUUGUCCAUCACCACUUGUUCAGAAUACUCACAGUCUGUGUCAGUAAUGCAUGAUGAUUUUAGGUGCACCAUUGUUCUUUCCAACAUAUUGCAAACAUUGGAAGUUAAAAAUUCCUUUAUGUUAUCCCUGCAAUGAUCUUGUUAGAAAUAUUUAAAAUCUGCAGCAACAUCAAAUUCAGUGGUAUGGCCAUUUGUAACAAAUUUGGUGUUAUCAGCUGUGUCUGCUUUUGAAAACUAUUUUGUUUUGUCUGUUCUCUUUGGCUACUUUUUUCCCCCACUCACACUUUCAACAUCUUUUACUUCACAAUAUUGCAAUUCACUGCUUGUAUGUAAUUUCUCUUCUUCUUCUCCACAGCGUUUUCUAACCAUGUGUUCUAAUGAGUCAUUUCUUUCAGAGUAGUAGUGGCCAAGUUAAAUUAAGAAGCUGACAGGCAGAUGGAAAAGGUACAUGUUGCUACUGCUAUCUCCCAGCACUGAGAUCUGACUAAAGUGAACAGUGAUGUUCACUGGAUG